AUGAAUUCAUUUGAAAUUGAUUAUUUUUUUAUCCAUAAAAUGCCAAGAAAAUCAGCUAAGAGCAAAUCAACACUUCUCUUUCUACCAAACAUCAUUGGACUAAUCAGAAUCACAGCCAUGCUCAUUGCAAUCUACAGUACAGGAGUCCAAUUCGUGCUGCUCUAUCUCUUCAGUGUCGGACUCGACUUCUUCGAUGGCAAAAUAGCACGAUCACUAAAUCAAGUCUCCAUUCUGGGAGGAGUCCUUGACAUGGUUACAGAUCGAGUCACCACAAAUGUCCUAUGCACCAAACUGGCCUCAUUUGGAAGACUCAGACACAUCCAAAACCAUCUGAUUCUCUACAUCUUCCUUGAUGUCCUAGGAAGCAUGAUCUACUUCAUUUCAAUGUCGUAUUUGAAGACGCAUCACAAACAAAACAGCAAUUUGGUACUGAAAUUCUACUACAGGCCCAACAUCCUGAAAAUCUGCUGCUCUGGAUCUGAGCUCUACUUUGUGGCACUGUACACGCACCAUUCUGGUCUUCUUCUGGUUCCUGGACCAGUGAGAGUGACCCUAUGGGCCAUAACGUGCUUCAAGACAUUUGUAAACAUGAUCCACCUUUAUUGUGGUAUAAGGACACUUUCAGUACAGAAAUAA